AUGUUUCUACAAAAUAUGUAGCUAUACUAGCGCCACUAUUUAUAUCCUUUAUAUCAAGCGGAAAAUGAUAAUGCUUUUUAGUUAUUAUUGUAGAUACGUGAGAAGGAAUGUAUGUUGUUGACUGAGAUAGUUAGACUGUAAAGUUAGGUGAAAGUGAAUAACGAUGGCAGAGAAAGCCCACAUAAAUAGUAUUGAAGAAUGUCUGGAGAAGCAUAUACCUGGAGGAGAGUUAGCAGAUAUCAAGCGUAUCUUGUAUGGCAAAGAACUGCAAAAUCUAGAUCUUCCCAAAUCAGCUUUGAAACUUGCAUUAGACAAUGAUUUUGAAAUACGGGGCUAUGGAAUGCCAGCUACUCCUGAAGAAAUGAGACCACCUCGCAUAGUCCGUGUUGGAGUUAUUCAAAACCAAAUUGUUUUGCCUACAUCUGCUCCUAUUGUUUCACAAAGGAAUGCCUUGCACUGUCGUAUUGAGCAGAUGGUUGAUGCAGCUUCCAUAUGUGGUGUCAAUGUCAUUUGUUUUCAAGAAGCAUGGACAAUGCCUUUUGCCUUUUGCACACGAGAGAAGAUGCCCUGGUGUGAGUUUGCUGAAUCAGCCGAAAAUGGACCAACCACAUGUUUUUGUCAGGAGCUGGCCAAAAAAUACAACAUGGUAAUUAUUUCUCCAAUCCUGGAACGAGAUGAAAUGAAGGGUGAUGUUCUUUGGAAUACAGCUGUUGUAAUUUCUAACACAGGUCAAGUUCUUGGAAAGACAAGAAAAAAUCACAUUCCACGAGUUGGAGACUUCAAUGAGUCAACCUACUAUAUGGAGAGCACACUCGGCCACCCAGUCUUCAACACACAAUGGGGUAAGAUAGCUGUUAACAUCUGUUACGGUCGUCACCAUCCUCAGAACUGGAUGAUGUAUGGUAUAAAUGGAGCUGAGAUAGUUUUCAAUCCUUCUGCUACUGUUGGAGCACUCAGUGAACCACUAUGGGGAAUAGAGGCUAGAAAUGCUGCCAUAGCCAACAGCUACUUCACCUGUGCUAUAAAUAGAGUUGGCACUGAACACUUUCCUAAUGAAUUUACCUCUGGUGAUGGAAAACCAGCUCACAAGGACUUUGGACAUUUCUUUGGCUCAAGUUAUGUAGCUGCUCCAGAUGGAAGCAGAACUCCUGGUUUAUCACGCAAUAGAGAUGGACUUUUGGUGGUUGAAUUAGACUUGAAUAUGUGUCGCCAAGUCAGAGACAAAUGGGGCUUCAGGAUGACUCAACGCUUGGAGCUUUAUGCUGAAAGUUUGAAUCAAGCUGUCCAACUGGAUUUUAGACCACAAGUUGUUAACGAAAAUGGACCCAAACAAAAUACAACAAAAUGAAGUUAUUAUGGGGUGAAAUAUAUACAAGUUUAGGAAGAUGCAACCUUUUUAUUGUUGUUUUAUGUACAACCUAGAGACUGAGAAUGGAUUUUUUUAUAGUUUUUACCCUGCUUUAAGUUUUUGUUUUUUGCUUAAUGCUCAUCAAUAAAUGUAAUUUUUGAUAUGUUUUAUACAUAAUUUUUCUUAUUUCAAAAACUUUAUAAAAAAGCUAAAGUUAAAAAUACUUUUUAUAUAACUCAAACUAACCCAUAAUGUUUAAGUUUUUUUAUUUGAUUUUGACUAAUAUUUUUUAGUUACAAUUAAGAUGUAAACUCAAAAUAUUAACAAUAAGCUUGUGGUUUAAAAUUCCAACAUGCUUAAGGGUAUGUAUUGUUAAUAUAGCUUAUUCUUUUUUGGUUUUGUGUGUUUUUUAUUAAAUAGUGUCACAAAUAUAAACACAGAAGUAAUGGUAAAGGAUUAUUGCAUAUUCCUACCUUUUAAGAAAGGCUUCCAUGUCAAACAGUUACAGAAAUAUGACCCAGCAAUGUAUUCACAAAUAUGGAGUGAACUUAUUAAUGUUAUGUCAUAUUUCUGUUGUUCUUCCUUUUUAACCUACCUACAUUAUUUUCAAAUAUUUUAAUUGAUGCAGGAAUUUUAUAGACUGUUAAUCAUUAUUGACUGGGUAAAUAUUGUUUGUGUAACAUCCUAAAAAAGUAGGGAUGUAAUUUUUUGUAUGAAAAGAUAUGUUUAAUGAGAAUUCAACUUCUUAAAAGUUGAUUCAGAAAUUUGUGAAUUGAUGUAGGAUUGCAGUAUGCAAAUUAAUAAUUUGAUAUGAAGUAAUUUUUUUUUCUGUUGAUUUUAUUGUUUAAUGUUUUGUAUGAAUGUCUAAAGAUUUUGUAGCAAGUUUAUAAACUGUUGGUGAAAUAAAUCAAUUGUACUUUACACCAUA